UUCCGAUAAGCAAAGAUGGCGGCAUUUCCUACAUUGAUGCAUCUGUGAACUUUCGUACUUUGCUCUUUAGUGCAGCUAAAUCAUCCUCCUUAGUCAUCUGUUCUCCCCCUUUAGCCACUUCGUGCUGAUAUACGACCACCCUUUCCGCCAGCUCGGUCUGUGGUCGGUGAGAGUUGCUACAGAGAGGGUAUUUCAGCAUGAAGGCGGCUCUCAGCGAGCUGCAGCGGCUGGACGCGCACCCGGACUCGCGCUGCUGGUCGGUCAGCUGGAGCCCCAGCGGGACGCUGCUCGCCUCGUGUGGCGGCGACAGGGCCGUCCGCAUCUGGGGACGCGAAGGUGACUCGUGGAUAUGUAAGAGUGUGCUUCCAGAUGGACAUCAGCGCACUGUGAGGAAAGUGUCCUGGUCUCCCUGUGGGAACUAUCUGGCCUCUGCCAGCUUUGAUGCAACCACGUGUAUCUGGAAAAAGAAGAACAAUGAGUUUGAGAGUUUGACUGUGUUGGAAGGACAUGAGAAUGAAGUCAAAUGUGUGACAUGGGCUCCCUCAGGGAAUCUGCUGGCCACAUGUAGCCGGGACAAGAGUGUCUGGGUUUGGGAAGUGGAUGAAGAAGAUGAUUACGAGUGUGUUACAGUUGUGAACUCUCACACACAAGACGUUAAGCAUGUUGUGUGGCACCCCACCCAGGAGCUCCUGGCUUCAGCCAGCUACGACAACAACAUUUGUAUUUACAAGGAGGAGGAUGAUGACUGGGAGUGCCGGGCCACCUUGCAAGGACAUACGUCCACAGUCUGGAGUUUGUGUUUUGAUGCGACAGGACAGAGGAUAGCUUCCUGCAGCGAUGACCGCACGGUGAAGAUUUGGAAAGAGUAUCCGAGUGAUAGUGGUCAGAGUGACUUGUCAUGGAGAUGUGUUUGCACUCUGUCGGGGUAUCAUGGACGAACAGUGUAUGAUAUCGACUGGUGUCGACUGACAGGUGGCCUGGCGACCGCCUGUGGAGAUGAUGCAGUACGAGUGUUCAAGGAGGAUUUAACAUCCAAUCCUGAUGAACCGACAUUUUCACUGGCCGCUCAAGUGACCAAAGCUCACACUCAGGAUGUUAACUGUGUCGCCUGGAACCCGAAGGAGGCGGGACUCCUGGCCUCCUGCAGUGAUAGCGGAGAGAUCUCCAUUUGGAGAUUCCACGAAGACGAUUGAGUCUGUGCUUAAAGUACCAGGGGCCAGAUGCAUAAAACUUUGUAGUUCAUCCUGAACACAGAAUUGUUACAUACAGUCUUUAAUAUAUGAUAUGAUUUAUAACAUAAGCUCUCAAAAUUCAAAACAAAAUACCUAGAGGUGAAAUAGAAAUGGUUAUAGUACGAACAAGAGGCUAAAAAGAAAUUAUCAGCCUAUGCGAGGAGAGCUGCAGGACACUGGUGACUUCUGCUUCAUCUGCAAUGGAUCAAUGCUUAAACUGUUUAAUCACAUCUGAGUGUGAAGAUGAGGAGGAGGGAGACACAGUUUGAUCAUGGUACUAUUUUUGAAAUCCUUUGAAGCAUAAAGAGGCAAAAUCCAAUCAUCAGCUUGUGCAACAAUGAUGGUGACAUGUACAAACGUCUUAGAUUUGAUCUUCCAAUGAGACCAGAUGAGCCAUCUUUGUUUCCAGUUGUAUUUUCUUACACCACCAACUGGAGUAUUAACAUUUACCAAACUGAUAAGGUUUUUAACCUUUUUUACUAAAUCUGUUCAGUAUUUUGAAAUUCUGCACCUUUUUCCAUUUCUUAUAAGAACAUGUGUAGUUGUAAUCUGAGAACAGCUUGCACACGUCGUCACAGAAGAACGCGCAUGCUGUGUUCACUGUUUGUGUUUCUGGUCCCUGGUCAGUUUUGUCAUUGAGCUACACUGGGAACUUGGUUUGUCACCAUGUUUAUAUUUUAAAGUCACAGCUUGGUCUGAUUCAGCUUAACAAUGCGUUAUGUUUAUUAUGAGCACGUCAGUUUCUACGAAAUAUUGCUGCUUUGCAUUUUGUGGCUGCUCAAGUGAAUAAGCAGCUUUAAUUCAGAAUAUAACAUUUGUUUUAUAUGAAUAAAUAUGAAAACAAUAUAAAA